AUGGAGAAAAUUAUACCUGUUACUUCACCCAAAACACUCAGAACUGUGCUAAGUCCUGUUGAAUUGGAUAUCAUUCUAUCGCAACAAGAGAUCGAGGCUCCAAAAAAGCCGAAAACUAAAUUUCAGAGAUUUUUGAGAGCAAUCGAAGUACCUCACGGAGAUGAGCCUAUAUCCGUCUUGAGAAAUCCUGAUUUACAACCAAUACCUGAUAAAGAGCGCACUUGGGGGUUCUGGUCUUUUUUCGCUUAUUGGGGACUCCCAAAUUUUUCUGUUGCUACUUUUUCAACGGGUUCAGCACUCUUAAGUUUGAAUUUGAACAUUCAACAGUCAAUUGGAGCUCUAGUGAUUGCUAAUAUUCUCAUAGGGUUGAUGACAAUAGCAAACUCGAAUCCAGGAAUAAAGUAUCAUAUUGGCUAUACUUUAGAUCAGCGAAUGAUUUUCGGCAUAUAUGGCUCCUUCAUUGGGAUUAUAUUUCGGGUGGGUCUAGCUGCUGUAUUUUAUGGUUAUCUCUCUUGGCUAGGGGGUCUCUGUUUCAACAUGGUUUUUAGCUCCUUUUCCCUGAACUUUUUAAACAUGAAAAAUACAUUCCCUGAAUCUGUUCCAAUGACAAGGAGAGACCUCAUUAGCUUUCUGUGCUUUCAAUUGAUCCAGAUGCCUUUUGCCUUUGUAAAACCAAGACGUGUCAAUAUACCUUCCAUUGUGACUUGCUUCAUGACACUUUUUGCCAUUGUCGGUAUUUUAGCAUACCUUGUGAGCACAAAUGGGGGACCUGGACCUCUAUACUACAAUAGAGUAACCCUUAAUGCGAGUGAGCGCUCUUGGAUGUGGAUUUUUGCUAUCACGAUCUGGUACAGCGGAGUCUCGCCAGCUGUCGCGAACCAAUCAGACUACUCACGUUUUGCACACAGCAAAACAUCGUGCUAUUGGGGUCUGUUUCUAGGAACUGUUUUGCCAGGUACCUUUGUCUCACUAAGCGGAAUGCUUUGUGCUUCCGCCUGUAAGGAACUAUAUGGGGUGGCUUACUGGACUCCAGAUGAAAUGGUUGCACAAUGGUUGAGGGAUGACUACUCUUCCAAAGCACGGGCUGCUGCAUUUUUCAUCGGAAUUAGUUUUGUUGAUUCUCAGCUAUUCCUGAAUAUGACACAAAAUGGCUACUCAUGCGGCAUGGACUUGGCAGGAAUACUUCCCAAAUAUAUCAAUAUCAAGAGAGGAACGAUUUUUGUCCAAUUGAUCUCUUGGGUUGUUCAGCCAUGGACCUUUUUCAACACAUCUUCUUCCUUUUUGGACGCCAUGAGUGCUUUUGGAGUUUUUACGACACCCAUUAUAGCGAUAAACAUUGUCGAUUUUUACGCUAUACGUAAAUCUAAAAUCCCACUUAUAGACUUUUUUACCCUUUCAAAGUCGGGGCUUUUCUGGUACGAUUACGGCAUAAACUGGCGGUCGACGCUUGCUUUCUUCACCGGCUUGGGUCUAGGAUUGCCGGGUUUGGUAUACUCUGCAAACGAUAGCUUGAAGGAAAACAUUGGCAUGAUGAACUUUUAUUAUGGCUAUAUGUUUUUCAUCCCAAUUGUUAGUGGUGGAUUGUACUACGCACUGAACCUGGUAGCUCCUUUACGUCACGAAAAACUGAGGCAGGAGGAUCCUUUAGAUUAUUUCAACUGUUUCAAUGAAAAAGAGUUGGAAAACAUGGGAAUGGAUCCUAAUUCCGAUGAUGUGGAUAUCUUAGAUGCCGAAAUUCAAGAUCGAUCUUCCUUUGAGGUACCUGGAAAAAAAACUGCUUGA